UAAGAAGUGUUUCCCGCCCAUAGACAUGAGACCACGCCCACACAUACUGAUGCAGAGAGUGGAACAGGAAGGAAGAGGAAAGUAACAGCCGGACGCCCGGCGCAGUCAGCGCAUCAUGGAGGUGGAUGAUGCACUGAAACUGGUGGGAGAGAUGGGAAUUUAUCAGAUCUACCUGUGCUUCCUAUUGGCUGUAAUGUUACAGUUGUAUGUGGCCACAGAAGUCGUUCUCAUCACCAUCCUGGGGGUCACCCCUCCCUAUCACUGGGACUCUGACUCUCCGCCCCCUAACGCCAGCCGCGCCAACCACACCGGGGGAUAUGAGAGGACGGCGUGGAACGGCAGCCAGCGACACGGACAGCUGCACUUCGACAGCAACUUCACUUCCAUCAGCUCCGAGUGGUCACUGAUCGGCAGCGCCGCAUAUGAGGUCAGCCUUGCCAGCUCGGUGUUCUUCGGAGGCGUCCUGGUCGGGGUGGUUGUAUUUGGACAGCUGUCAGACCGAUUUGGCAGGAAGCCGAUCUACGUGACGGGUCUGGCUCUGGAUGUUAUAUUCUCUCUGCUGAAUGCUCUCUCUCCAUCGUUCAGUAUCUUUCUCACCACCCGCUUCCUCGUGGGUGUGAUGAAUGGAGGGAUGUCUCUGGUCGCGUUUGUGCUGCUUAAUGAAUACAUCGGGGCCACCUACUGGGCACUAGCAGGGUCACUGGGCAGUAUGUUUUUUGCUCUGGGAAUUGCGCAGUUUGCCCUGAUUGGAUAUUUCGUCCAGUCCUGGCGUGUCCUGGCUGUGGUGGUGAAUACACAAGGGUUUGCGGUGUUCCUCCUGUCACUGCGUAUUCCGGAGUCCCCCCGCUGGCUGCAUGCACGUGGCCGGAUCCACGAAGCGCAGGAAACGCUAACCUUCAUUGGACGCUGGAAUUGCGCCAAGCCAAAACCUUUCUCACUGACCCCCCAGCAGAAGCAUUCCGUCCACAAAUCUAAUAUCCUCACCAUAUGCCGGCACGCAGUGCUGCGUCGGCGUACGCUCGUCAUGAUGUGGAUCUGGUUUGUCUGCAGUCUGGUGUAUUACGGCCUCACGCUGAGUACGGGAGAUUUCGGGGGUAAUAUCUACUUAAACCUGGCUCUGUCUGGCCUGGCGGAGGUUCCAGCGACUCCACUCUGUAUGUUACUUAUGAACCGCAAAAGCUUCGGCCGCAGGAGGUCGCUCUGUGGAUGUCUCUGUAUUGGCGGUGUAGCCUGUCUCAUCAUUAUGUACUUACCAAGUGACAAAGGUCGUUUCCCUCUGAUAAACAGUCAGACGCUGUCUCUCGUUGGGAAGCUUUGUAUAAGUGCGUCCUUCAACAUAGUCUAUAUAUACACCUCAGAGCUGUAUCCCACGUUUGUUAGGAGCCUGGGAAUGGGGGUCUGUUCCAUGUUCUCUCGCUUUGGAGGGAUAAUCGCCCCUUUUGUUCCGGCGCUGCGCUAUUUCCACAGGUCUCUGCCGUUCGUUGUUAUUGGCUGUUCUGGUCUGUCCGCCGGGUUACUCAGCCUUCUCUUACCGGAGACCUUGAACUGUCCACUUCCCGAGACGCUGUCGGACCUGCAGGUGUCAUACCGGCGCCUGGCUGCAGCGGAGGAGGAGGAGGAGACGCUCUUUGGAGACAGAGAGGAUGAGCUCAGGACUCCUGGAGAGGCUUCCAGUGAGGAGGAGGAGGAGGAGGAGGAGGAGGAGGAUCUGUUCCGUGAAGAUCACAGGACACAGACCAGCUGACCUACGCUCUGAUAUCACAACUGGAAUCAAACAUGGGCUGUUCCUUCUACAGCCCCCGGCUCUGGAUCACACAGAUCUACUCUGAGAAGGUGAAGGAAACCUCGGAGGCGAAUGAUGUGGGCAGAUGUUUCGUGGCUGGUGGUCCUGUAGCGCUGGGAUUCUGGUCGUGGGAGAAAGGAAUUUGGUGGAGGGUCUGGAACGAUAUAUAGAGGAGACGUUACUUCCUCUCAUGCUGCUUUCUCAGGUUUACACGCUCCGCCCAUACGCACAAGGGAAGGCUGGGGCUACCGUCUCUAUUCCAGAGGCCGCCUUGGUUCUCGCUGGAGCAUCGGCUCCCUGACCUCUGCCGCUAUAGGUCAGGACACAGUACUUCUUAUAUUGACUUAUAAAUAAUUUUAUAUAGAAAGCUCUUUAUAUUUUAUAUAUUCAUAUAAAGUGUUCAGUAUAUAUAUAUUUAUAAAUGCCCAGGAAAUACA